GUGUCCUCUGGUUUCUGAGUGUCGGAGACUUUUUAGUUUUGUUUCUCUCUUCUGCUGUCAGCGAUGGCGUCUGCUGAUCUGAGACAGGAGCUGGACUGUUCCAUCUGUCUGACCACAUAUACAGAUCCUGUAAACCUGAGAUGUGGUCACAACUUCUGCCGGGUCUGUAUUGAUCGUGUGUUGGAUACACAGGGGGGGUCUGGAGGAUAUUCCUGUCCUGAGUGCAGAGAAGAGUUCCGGGAUCGCCCUGUACUGCACAGGAAUAUAACACUACGUAACAUAGUGGAGACUUUCCGAUCUACUCAGCUGGAAGAAGGGAAGACUGGAAUCUUCUGUACUUAUUGCUAUCACUCUCCUGUACCUGCUGUUAAAUCCUGUCUGAUGUGUGAAGCUUCUCUGUGUGAUAAUCACCUGAGAGUCCACAGCAAGUCACCAGAACAUGUCCUAACUGAUCCCACCACUUCCAUGGAGAACAGGAAAUGCUCCAUCCAUAGAGAACUUAUUAAAUAUUACUGCACUGAGGACUCUGCCUGUAUCUGUGUGUCUUGCAGGCGGGAUGGAGAACACCGGGGACACAAGGUGGAGACUCUGGAUGAGGCCUCUGAGAAGAAGAUACAGAAACUGAGAAAUGUUCUGCAGAAACUGAUGACAGAGAGAGAGGAGACAGAGAAAAGAGUCCAGAGUCUGCAGGAUCGCAGGAGAAAAGUACAAGAAAAAACAGAGAGAGUCACUGCCCUGUUCAUAGAGCUCAGGAGACAUCUGGAGGACCUGGAGAAGAGAGUCCGGAGGAACAUCUCCAGCCAGGAAGAGCGGAUCUCAUUGUCUGAUCUGAUCCAUCAGCUGGAAAUAAAGAAGAAUGAUCUGUCCAGGAAGAUGGAGGACAUUGAGGAGCUGUGUAACAUGACUGACCCACUGACUGUCCUACAGGAAUCAGACACAGGGGACUUGUGUGAUACUGAGGAGGGAGAUAAUGAGGACAGAGAGAGACAUGAUAGACUCCUCCAUGAUGGAGGGGAUCUGGAUGUGGCCGGAAUCUCACACACAUUACACGCAGGGUUAUCUGAUAUGAUAAAAGGGGUAAAUGUAUUCUUCAAUAUACAGGAAGCUUCAGACAUAUUACUGGAUGUGAACACAGCUCAUAAUCAUCUACAGAUAUCAGAUGACAUGAAAACUGCAUUCUGGUCAGAUAUAGAGCAGAAUCGUCCAGAAACACCAGAGAGAUUUCAGUCCUGCUAUCAGGUAUUAAGCAGUCAGAGGUUUUCCUCGGGGCGACAUUACUGGGAAAUGGAUGUCGGUGAGUCAGAACAUUGCAUAUUCGGGAUGUGUUAUCCCAGUAUAGAGAGGAGAGGAGACCAGUCAGUGAUUGGAAAUAAUAACAAGUCCUGGGGUUUCCGCAGGUAUAGCGGUGUAUGUUCUCUAAGACAUGACAAUAAAUCGAUUAUCCUAUAUCGCGAUCUCUCCAGUAACAGAGUCAGGAUCUAUGUGGAUUAUGAGGCCGGGCGGCUGUCCUUUUAUGAUCUGUGUGACCCGAUCAGACACCUCCACACCUUCACCACCACCUUCACUGAGCCCCUCCAUGCUGGGUUAUGGGUAUGGGAAGGUCGUAUAUCGCUAUCUGGGGGGUCAGGAGACGUGUAAAAUGAUCAUAUUACAGUAAAUUUGAGAUGAAUCUGGUGAGAAAUGUGAAUCUGGUUCAUAGGAUGACACAGUUUGUACAGAUAACAUAUUUCUUUAGUGAGAAAUAAUACCGCUCUAAAAACUGCUGAUCCCUUGGCUUUGCUUCCGUCCCACUAAACCAAAAGGGUGCUGGCUAUGCACAGGUAUAUUGGAUAGAAGAAGGUCCUAGACUGCCGCACUGAAGAAGGUCCUGGACUGCAUUGCUUUGGUUGUUUUUUGGAUUUUAUUUGUACAAAUAAAGACAUUGUUUUAAGGAGUGCGGCAGUCCAGGACCUUCUUCUGUCCAACAUAUUUCUUCAAUCGGUGGAUCCGGUAGAUCUCAGCACAGGAGAGUCUCCUCCAUCACUUCCACACCCAAUAAGACAAGGGGAGGAUUUGGGGGUUUAUUUAGCAUUAGGCUGACCAUACGCCAUACAAUCUGAUUGUACAAUCUCCUUUAGAUCUACCAUCAGUUAUGUAGUAUAAGGCAUGCCCGAUUUUAAGCAAUUCAAAGCACUUUUUAAGUUUAUCCUCAUAUGACAUCGCUUUGGUAAAGCUAUACAACAAAGAUUUUGUUGUAUAGUGUAUGGUCAGCCUUAGAUUUACCAAAAAUAUAAGGACAUCCAUACAUUAUACAUUCAUAUUGUAUCCAGGCAAGUACUGGCACUACAUAGUUGAUGGUAAAUCUAAAUCAGAUUGUAUAGUGUAUGGUCAGC